AGUACUCGAAGAACGGUCCGUUGAGAUUUUGUUUAUAAAGUUUGAAGGCCAUUGACUUUAAUUAUCGCUUUUCCAAAUUCCUUCAGCUCCGCGGAUGAGAGAAGAGGAGGGAAUGGAAUUUAUGUACAAAUUGGAUAGUGGUUCAUCUGUCGAGAUCGAGCGAAACUGACUUUUUUGGUAUUUAAUUAAAAAAAAAAAAAAAAAAAAGGAAACUAAAAGAUAGCGCGAGAGUGACUCACUACAUGCUGUAUGAGGUGUCUCGCGAGCGGGCGCUUCACGUGGGGCGAUGGAGAAGAUGCUGAUGUACUGGAGAUCUGGAAUAUUUCUGUUUCUUACCUUACUGUUGGUCUUUCCAGGUGAUUCUCAGCGGGUGGAGAUGCCUCGGAAAGACAUGGAGGUAGUUAUGGGCCAAAUGGUUGUUCUGGAGGCCUGGUACACCCCCACCACUCCUAUAGAGAAGAACACCGUUAUCUGGAACUUCAUGUCCAAUGACUCCAAACAAAUCAUCUCCUACUCAUCUGGACAGAUUGGCAUUGGCAGCACUGAGUUUCGGAAGCGGGCGGGUUUUGCCAUGUCCAUGCCCUCUGCUAAUCUGUCCAUCUACAUCAACAACACACAGGAGUCCGACUCAGGACGCUACCUCUGCAAUGUCAUUAUCCCUGGAGCUCCAGGCCUUUCUGGGGAACUGCGCCUCAAUGUUAAAGUUCCACCUUCCACUCCUGUGUGCUCUAUGACGGGAGAUCCUGUAGUGAGUGGCAAUGUGACUCUGAGCUGUAAAUCCAGCUAUGGCAAACCUGUUCCUCAGUACAAGUGGACCAAAGCAGCUCCUCUUUCUGAAGUUUUCUUCUCUCCCAUGCAAAAGUGGAGGUCCUGUCCCCAGCCUUUGCUUGUGCUGGGCUACCUGGAUGAAAGGCAAGGCACCCUUCGACUUAGCAACCUCACCAAAAACAUGUCUGGCAAGUACGUCUGCCGUGCCAUCAACACUGCGGGGACCGAUAGCUGCCACAUCAAUUUAGAGGUCUCCACCUCUAACAAUACCUGGGUCAUCGCUGGUGCCACAGUGGGUUCAGUGGUGGGACUGAUGGCGCUUGUGUUAUUCCUGAUUUUUAUCCUGAGUAGAAACCGUGAUACAGAGGAUGAGAUGCCCAAUGACAUCAAGGAAGAUGCACAGGCGCCUAAACGGGUUUCCUGGGCUAAAAGUGGCACAGGAUCAGACAUCAUAUCAAAGAACGGCACGUUAUUCUCCAUAGCCACCAGUCCUUCUCCACGGGACCCUCACCAUCUACCUAACAACCAUUACCCAUAUCCUCCAGGUGCCUCUGACACCGCCUCCUUCCUCACAGCCUCUGGGAGCACCACCACAUACCGCCUUUGCCCUGGAGAGCCCAACCCACUUCACGGCCUGCCUGGAUACAACGUCAGCAGCAUGCCUAAUCACACGCACAUCCAACACCUCUACCAAAACCCUCCACGCCAUCAUAGUCCCGCAGUCCUCAAGACUAACAGCUGCUCCCCACCAAGGACUGAGGGGCCCAUGCCACAGACCCCACGCCCACUCAACAUGCCUAUAAACACUGCCACUCUGUCCCGCAUGGGUGCUGUGCCAGUCAUGGUGCCUUCCCAGAACCAUGCAGGUUCACUGGUUUAGCACACAAGUUGAUUUAAGUGCUAAAGACUUAUAAAAACUCUAUGACUGUAGCCGAAAGUAUUUGAGGAAGGGUUUCAGCAAUGGUGGUAAUUAAGACAACAGAAAUAAACAUACUUUUUUAUUCAUUAACCGUUAAAGUACGUACAGUAAAUCUGUGGGGGGAAAAAAUGGUGACUUGUUUUAUAGUGUUAUGUUUUUACUGGGUAUAAUUUAUGUUAUGUUGCCUAAACACUCACAGUGAAUUUAUUCAUUUGCAAACCAUUAAACUGACCAAGGACUGUUUUCUUUUUUUUUUUUUCAUUUAUUUGAGCAAUUUUUCAAAUGUAACAAAAACAUUUUGUCUCACAGUUUGUUGUACAUUAGAAUUACAUUAUGAAAGGAUUUAGGCACCACUAAUAAUGUUUAACUUUUCAUACAGUAACAGUUCAGAUUUAUCCAGAUAUUUAGUAGUUGUUUGGGUAAAAUUAUGACAAUUAGAUCUUUAGUAUUGGCUGUUCUUGUGCCUCUUGUGCCUCCAUUUCUCUCAGGAGUUUUCUCUCUCAUGGCAUGUUUUUCUCACACAUUGACAGAUUUCUGCUGGGAGCAUCUGCAAUGCUCUUGUAACAGAGCAGAAAUCACUCUAUGACUGUACAUUUAUUCAUUCUUAUGUUUAUGAUAAUGUACGAACAUCUAGCCUUGUGGUUUAAUGUCUUGAAUAUUGCAGGCAAAGUUUGAUAUCUGUGUCAAUGCUGAAUGUUGUUUUCAAGUACGGUGAAGAAUCAGUUGAAGAUAUUGUCUGCUCUGUAAUUCCACUCACUUUUCAUUUGCAGUUAAUACAGAUUUUAAACCAGUGCUCCGCAACUGUCCACAUUAUGGAAACAGAGAAAUACUGUAAGAAAAAUGCUUAGAAUGAAAAUUGCCUCAUUUGCUACAUGACAAAAUGCUACAUUUUGUAUUAUGGUUGGUUAAAGAGUUCAGUUAGCACAGCCAUUUUAUGUAGCAUUCAAUUGAUCCUGCCAUUAAAUAAACUACAUUAACAUUCA